UUGAGUAGCCUUCUGGGCCACGAAAAGCCACCAGACAAAACAACACAUGCAAUGUUUUUUAUUUGUCUAUAAACCGUUGACGAUUGGCCAUCGUUUGAAGAUCACUGCUUCCCUAACUCCUGAGUUUCUUCUACGCUCCACUAAACUCCUUUCCUAGCUGUGCGUGCCACAUUCUCUUCUCCCUUCAUCACUGCUUCUCUAACUCCUGAGUUCUGAUUAAGUCAGAUCAUCGUUUGAAGAUCUUGUUGGGCCAGGACAGGAGGUCUCCUGGUUGUCGACCAGCUUGGCACUGGUUCCUUCUUCUGUGUGCUAAUCAAAAUCCUUGAAGACAAUAUAAUGGACCAAGUUUGUCAGUGUUCGUUGUUUCAAGUGAUGUCUUCAAUACUUUAUCUUUUUAGCUUAGGACAUUGAGGACAAUGUCUCAUUUUGGUUAGGGGGAGAGGGUAGUAGUUGACAUUAAAAAAAACUUACUAACUAUUUUUUACUAUUAUUAAAACAAUUUGACAAAACUAUUAUUAAAAAAAUUUUAUUGACUCUUGAGACGCAUCUUGGUAAAUAUUCUUAUCAAGAUCUAUCAUAACACUUCUUGAAAUAUUCAGGUUUACAAACUCUCGCAUUGUUAUCACUUGAUUCUGCUCAUAUACUCAUUUUACAAGUAUUCUUAAACCUUCAUUUUCACACACACACUUUAACAUAUGAUUGUGGGUUGCACAUUGAAUUAUUACAUUAUUUAUGUUCUUUUGUUAAAGGUAACAACUAAGGGAAAAGGAUAAUAUAUAAUUUUCAAAAAAAAAACAAAAAACAAAAACGAAAAUGAAAACAAAUUGAUAAUAUUGAUGAUAAUAAAAACGUAGAUAAGUUUGGUUUUGUAGCCUCCCUAACCUAAGCAAUUAAGCCCGAAGUGGUGUUUUAACACCUAAUACCCUAAAGUCAACUAAAUUGGGGGCUAUUGGCCUAAUGCUUGUUACAUGGGUUAAGGAGAAAAGCUUAGGGGAAUCAAACAUUGCACUAUCUACGUAUCGGUAUCUGCAACCCGAGUUACUAAGCUUGUAGGGGUGUCUCAACACCUAAUUCCCUAAGACCAACUGGUAUGAGAGUCAUUACUCUAAAGCUUGUUACAUGUGUUAAAGAUGCAUUGUGUUUUAAGUUAUAUGUAUAUAUAUUAAUAAUAAUAAUAAUAAUAAUAAUAAUAAUCCCAACCCAAGGAAGUUAACCUUAGAAAAACAUUAGAACAAAAUUAUGUUUUCAUCCAAGGAAAGACCUAAAACUAUGUGUUGAUAUAUUGAGCACAUAAAAAAAAGGUUUAUUAAUAUUUUGUUUAAGAUGUAUAAAACAUAUAUAUAAAUUUAAUGAGAGUUUGUUUGCUUGGAUAGAUUAAUGGAAGUUGAAUGAUGAAUGUCAUGCUUUGUGAAACUUGCAAAUUGUUUUUCUAUUUUAACGCUUUGAUUACUAGGGACUAGUAAUAGGCUGGUUGGGGGGGGUGUGAUUAAUACUUAAAAGUGCAUUUUUAUCAAGGUUUUAUAUCAUCAUUUUGCACUUGAAGUACCAAUAACUCCUGAGCAUGUUUUAUAAUAACAUGUUUAAUAAUAUAAGAUACCUUCAAUUUAUGGUAAAUGUUCGUCUUAAAUGCAAGCCUAUCACAUAAAUGAAAGGAUUGAUUGAUGAGUUUAACUACUGAAAUUGAGUAGACAAAGAGAGGGCUAAGCUUAGAAAAGAGAUGUUGGUUCAAUCCAAACUAGAACACCAUUCGGUUAUUAGAUCAUAACUGGAGCUGUAGAACUUGGAUUUAGGUCUGAUUUAAAUGUAUGAAAAGCUAAGACAUAGGCCUAAAACUUUCAUAAGAGUCCAAGAUUUAAAAGUGUCAUUUUCGAGUUCAAAUGGUAGUAACAACGGAGAAGUCGAAAUCUGUCCUGCAGCCCAGACACUGUUCAGUGUUCAGCCCAUAUCUCGAGUUAUAGAAAUCCAAAUGCGCCGAUUCUUGUUUUGUUGGAAAGCUGAAACAAUUUCCUAGAACUUUCAUAGGGACUAGCUAUUCAAAUUCUGAUGUUAACAAUGACAUUUUGUUCAAAGAAGAAGAUAGGGAUUGUCACCAAGUAAAAAUAUGGCCACUCACUCAACAAUUAGUCAUCAAAUCAAUAGUUCUGAAUUUUGGCCUAUAAAAGGAGGCAUUUACCAUGCAUUUAGGCAUCUUAGUGUUUAGAUCAGGAUCACUCUCUCUCUUUGUAUUUUAAUGUUUAAGUUUUAUUUCAUGUUAUAUUUUUCUUAAUGUCUUGUUUAUGCUUUUCAUUUUCUUUACUAUACUUAUAUUCUUAUUUUUUUCAAAAAGAACUAGGCGAACACCAAAUUGUUUGCCCAAUUUGAAAACUAAAUUUGGCCAAAACAUGCUUAGGCCUGAAGGUCAUUCCCCCAUAUUGUAUAAUUUUAAAAAAUAAGUAGAUCAUAUGGUGUCCACUCAAGAGUAUUUUUUUUUAAAUAGAGUGAACAAAUGCAUCAUCCACUAUAACAAAUUUUGGUCCUCAUUAAGGACCAGAAAAUCAAGGUUCAAGUUUUGGAACCCCUAAAAUCCUAUUUUCAACAUGCUUUUACUUACAAAUAUGACAAAAAAAAAACAUCCUAGAAAUCUUAAUAAUAGUAUUUCAAACCCAAAACACCUUCUAAUUAGUCUAAAAUCUAAAAUCAAUCCAAACAAAAAAAAAACUUCCUAGAUUUUGAUUUAUUUUUAUAGCAUGAUUAAAAGUCAAAAUCACCUAUAUCAAACUCUUCUCGUGAAGACGAACCCAAUAAAGCCAAGAUCGGGUUUUUUCUUAAUGUGAUUGAUCAAAAGAACACAAAUACCAAAAGCUUUAGGGACCAAUAUUAAAAAUUAAAGGACUAAAAUGAAAUUUAACCAAAACUACAUGGACCAAGUAAUGAAAAUUUAAGAACCAAAAUGAAAAAUAUGAAAAAAGUAAAGCACCAAAAUAAACUUUAACUAAAACUAUAGGGAUCAAAUAAAUAAAAAAUGUGACAAUUUUAUGGACUACAAUGUACUUUAACUGUUCAUUCUGUUCUAUUAUAUUAGGAGUAAAGAUUAAGAAUAAGAUAUUGUGCGCUUUAGCAACUACAUACCAUGAACUAAAAUCAUAUUACAUUAAAUUAAUUUAGUUUAAUGAAUCCAAUACAUGUUCUUAACUUUUUUUUAGUUUAUUAUUUACAAAUCAAUUCUUAUUAAAACUAACUUUGAAAAUAAUAUUUUAUAAACGCACACCUCUCUUCUUUUACUUUUUUUCCUUUUAAAAACCAAGUCUCAUAUUGAGGAAACAAAAUUUCAUUAUGAGGGCGACUUUGAUGUGGACUAUCAAUGAUUUUCCAACUUAUGGAAUGCUUUUUGGUUGGAGCACGCAUGAGAAACUAGCAUGUCCACACUGCAUGGAAAACAACAAUGCAUUUACGCUAACAAACGGAGGUAAAGCUUCUUUUUUUUACUGUCACCGUCGUUUCUUACCAUAUAAUCACAGGUACAGAAAGAACAAAAAAGAUUUCUUUGUUGGCAUAGUUGAAAAGGAUGUUGCAACCCCUCGUCUUUCUAGUGAAGAAUUGCAUGAUGUUAUAUCAGAGUACGGUGACAUGGUGUUUGGUCUUCAAUUAGGUAAGCAAAAGUUUCCUGGUUUUGAUUUGACCCAUAAUUGGGUAAAGCGAAGUAUCUUUUGGGAGCUUUCUUAUUGGAAGACCAAUCUGCUCCGCCAUAACCUUGACGUCAUGCAUGUUGAAAAGAACAUGUUUGAGAACAUUUUCAACACCGUCAUGGAUGUGAAGGGGAAGACAAAGGAUAACAUCAUGGCUAGAUUGGAUAUAAGUUUGCUCUGUAACCAUAAAAAUAUGGAGUUGGUUUGUUAUGAGUCACAGGUCCCAAAACCAAAAGCAAGCUUCGUGUUAGAGAAAAAUGCACAACUACUAGUCUAUAAAUGGCUUAAGAGUCUGCGUUUUCCGGAUGGACAUGCCUCGAACAUAUCAAGGUUGGUUAAUGUGGAGGAAUGCAGAUUGUAUGGAAUGAAGAGUCAUGACUGCCACGUGUUUAUGCAAACACUCAUCCCAUUAGCUUUUCGUGAUUUGUUGCCAAAAGGGAUAUGGGAUGCACUCACGAAGAUCAGUAACUUCUUUAGAGAUAUAUGUUCCAGCAAGUUGAAUGUUGAUCACAUUGAGAGGCUUGAAACGAAUAUCAUCGAGACACUAUGCAAACUUGAGAUGAUAUUCCCUCCAUCUUUUUUUGACUCAAUGGAGCAUCACCCCAUACAUCUACCGUUUGAGACUAAAGUUGGAGGACCAGUCCAGUAUAGAUGGAUGUACCCAUUCAAACAAUUAGAUAUUACAGUUGUAAUGUAAUUCAUAUAUAAAAGUAUUUUCUUUGUUUUUCUUAAUUAAAAAUAUUUGAUUAAUUCAAUGCACGUACUUGUUCAAUCUCAAGAAAAAGGUUAAGAACAAGGUGCAUGUUGAGGCUUCGAUAUGUGAGGUCUAUAUUAUUGAGGAGAUCUCAACAUUUAUCUCGUACUAUUUCAAA